AUGCCGCGCUCCUUCCUGGUGAAGACGCACUCCAGCCACAGGAUCCCCAACUACGGGGAGCUGGAGACACAGAGAGAAAUCAAUGGCUCCUGUUCUGCCUGUGGGGGGCUGGUGGUGCCCCUCUUCCUCCCAGACAGGGCGGCCCCUCCCAUUCCUGGUGACCCUGCCCAGCCCUGGGACCACACCUCUGUCAUCACCUGCAUCUCCCUGCCCCUCCCAGUAGUUCGGGGGCCCUCUGAGCCAGACCCCUUGGAAGUCAACCUGAUGAACCCUCGUACUGGCCAGGCUCCCAGCGUACCCCUCAAAGACAGCCUGAACCACCUCAACCUGCCCCCACUGCUGGUUCUGCCCACACGGUGGCCUCCUAUUCUGGGCCCAGACGGGGACCAAGCUCCAGACAGACUGCUGGGGGCUGAGCAGCCCCCCUGCACCCCAGGUGGCUUCCAGUGCAUCCACUGCCACAAGCCCUAUCACACACUAGCUGGGUUGGCCCGGCACCGGCAGCUGCACUGCCACCUGCAGGCUCAGCGCUGCUUCACCUGCAAGUAUUGCGACAAGGAGUACGCCAGCCUGGGCGCCCUCAAAAUGCACAUCCGCACGCACACGCUGCCCUGCAUUUGCGCCAUCUGUGGCAAGGCCUUCUCCAGGCCCUGGCUGCUCCAGGGCCACAUCCGGACCCACACAGGUGAGAAGCCCUACGCCUGCCCUCACUGCAGCAGGGCCUUCGCUGACCGCUCAAACCUCCGCGCGCACCUGCAGACGCACUCCGACACCAAGAAGUACCAGUGCAAGAGCUGCGCCAAGACCUUCUCCCGCAUGUCGCUCCUGGCACGGCACGAGGAGUCUGGCUGCUGCCCCGGUCCCUGAGAGGUGUGGGUCCGGUGCAGGGAGAGGGACAGGACCUCACCCUAGAGACACAGAUGGCACCCCUCUUGGCAGUCUCGUGCUGCCUGCUGCGCCCAGGGGAGCCAGGCAUCCUGGGAGGGCAGGAGCUCAGCCUCCCCUCAGGCGCGGUCCCCGCCCGCCACAGCCGGCAUCUAUUCCGAACCAGAGCAGCCCAGCGGGCCCUGAGGGGGCGCGGGGGCCCGUACAGAUCUCCCACCCCACUUACAGGGGACUUCUCUCCCGGGGACGACGUUCAGCCAAACAAGAGCCACCGUUUCGUUUUCCACUUGCUCUGGUUUUGGCUUCUGUCUCUCCAAGAGUUAGAGACUGUUGGGGGACUGUCGUGAGCAUGGACAACUCCUGUCACUAAGAUGACGAAUGGGACCGACGGCCUUUGGGUCUCUUCACGACUUCGCAUGAACAGUCUGACGGGGGCCGAGUGCAUUGCACCGUCCAGCCUGCGUGGGCAGAGGGACCUCGAGGCUCACCGCCCCUGCCUUUGGUUUGGAAUGCGGGCCACGUCGCCCCACGUCACACGUGCACACCCUACCCCAUC